AUGACUCAACAGGGUGAUAUAUCGCCAUCACCUACCUUCCACGCGCUACCAAAUGAGAUAGUUGGUGCCAUCUGCAGUCAACUUUCCAAUCGCGACAUCAAGAGCUUGCGACUCACAUGCCGAGUUCUGAAAGACAUAUCUCACCUACGCUUUGACCGCGUUUUCAUCUCAGCCAAUCCACGCAACAUCGAGGUUCUGCUGGCCAUUGCCAAUCACGAGGUAUUUCGCCAUUCCGUCAGAGAGAUCAUCUGGGACGAUGCCGUCUUGAAGGAUUUUCCUCGUUACAGGGAGUUUACUUGGGACGGUGUCGUUUAUAAGACCCCGAUCCAAGGUUACGAUUAUCCUUGCGGCUAUAGCGCCGGUGAGCAUGACCCUGAUGACAUAGCUGCGAAUGAGGAUCAAGAGUGGAUUCCACGAGGCCUUACCAAGCGGUGUAAAGAGAGCCUUUUUGAUAUCGAAAGUCGUCUGAUAGCAAAGAAUAAGUAUCAGGGCGACAACGAACAACAAAGGCAGAUUGAUAAUUUGAUGCGCUCCCGAGACUCGCUUGCCUAUUGGAGAAUCCUGUUGAAGCAGCAAAAGGAGGUGUUAGAAUCUGGAGCGGAUGAGGCAGCAUUUCGAUACGCCGUACAACGGUUCCCGCGACUCACUAAGGUUACUGUCACGCCAGUGGCACACGGCCUUCUGUUCAUGCCCUUGUAUCGAACACCGAUGAUUCGGGCGUUCCCUCCCGGUUUCGUAUAUCCGAUACCUCGCAGCUGGUGGUCUAAUGAUACCCACGAUGGUCGGGAAGGAUAUCCAAAGGGGUGGGAGAGCGAGAAGGAGAGGAAGCAAUGGCGCGGGCUGGGCAUUGUAUUGAAGGUGCUGGCCGACUAUGCUGACACGCUUCAAAUCUCUGAGCUCGCCUUGGACAGUCGUAAGCUUCCAAGAGGAAUCGACUACACAUUCUUCAAGACACCCAAUGCCGAUUAUGAUAACCUUUGCAAAAUCGUCGAGCAACCCGGUUUCAAAAGCAUUGCUCUUCCGGUUAUAACGGGAUACAUCUCAGACUGUAACCCUGAUGACCUUGAGUUUUAUCGGCACGGAAGGAUCUCUGGACUUCUCGCCAGGGCACCUGACCUGGAGAGCUUCGUCUACCAGACUGAUUAUAGUCACGAACCUGGAGCUGCCGAAGACGAGGAAAUAUUUGUCUCCUUGUUAGAUAUAUUCCCCAUUGAUAUGUGGUCCACAGGAAAGCUAAAACAAUUUGGACUCCACGGUAUACUGGUUGCCCAAGAUGAUCUGGUGUUAUUCCUCGCUAAGCUUCCGUCAACAGUUCAAUCUGUUGAUCUAAGCUUCCUCGCCAUGGUUGACGGAGACGAUUAUGCCGGGCUCUUGACAGAUAUCCGGGACAAACUAGAUUGGCGGCGUCGACCCAAGUCCCAAAGGAUUCAGGUCGCCAUUUCUGUAACAUCAGUGAAUGUCCCCCAUAAAGGUCGCUACAUUAAUCUGGACAAGGAAGUUCAAGAAUACAUUUACGGUGAUGGUCCCUCGCCCUUUUGUGUUAAAGAGGGAUCCACUUCCUUAUCUAUCCCGUUUGGAACUGGUAUUGUAAUGGACGCGUUCGAUACCAGCUUCAGAAGAACGUAUAAUAAAUACGGUUGA